AAAGACGGAAGGCCCCUCUACAUACUCCGCCUUGGCCAGAUGGACACCAAAGGGCUCGUCAAAGCCCUGGGAGAGGAGUCGCUCCUUCGUCACGUGCUGUCCAUCAACGAGGAGGGACAGAAGAGGUGCGAGGAGAACACCAACCUCUUCGGCCGCCCCAUCACGUCCUGGACCUGCCUCGUCGACCUCGAAGGGCUCAACAUGCGUCACCUCUGGCGGCCGGGCGUCAAAGCUCUCCUGAGGAUUAUCGAGGUGGUCGAGGACAACUACCCGGAGACGCUCGGGAGACUCCUGAUCGUGCGCGCGCCCCGUGUGUUCCCUGUUCUGUGGACCCUGGUGAGUCCCUUCAUCAAUGAGAACACCAGGCAGAAAUUCCUCAUUUACAGCGGCAACAACUAUCAGGGCCCCGGAGGGCUUGUGGACUAUCUGGACAAAGAUGUGAUCCCCGACUUCCUCGGUGGCGAAUGUGUGUGCAACGUGCCUGAGGGCGGACUCGUCCCCAAAUCGCUGUAUCAAACCGACGAAGAGCCUGAAACCUCCGACCACAUCCGCCUCUGGACAGAAACCAUCUAUCACUCUGCAAGUGUCUUCAGGGGAGCUCCCCAUGAGAUAGUCGUCGAGAUCCUGGAAGGCGAGUCGGUGAUCACGUGGGACUUCGACAUCCUGAAGGGGGACGUGGCGUUCAGCCUCUUCCACUCCAAGCGGGCCCCCGAGACGAGCAGGAAGGAGGCGGCCGUGCCCAACGCCCUGACCGCUGGGGAGAAUGUCCAGCUGAUCGGCAAGAGUUGGGUCCUGGGGGUGGACUACAGCCGCGUGGAGUCCCCGCUGGUCUGCCGGGAGGGCGAGAGCAUCCAGGGCUCCCACGUGACUCGCUGGCCCGGCUUUUACAUCCUCCAGUGGAAAAUGCACAGCCCUGUGGCCUGCGCGGGGAGCAGCCUUUCUCGGGUGGACGACGUCUUAGCCUCCCUCCAAGUCUCUAACCACAAGUGCAAGAUUAUGUAUUACUACGAGGUGCUCGCCUCCAAGGAGUUCAGGGGUUCCAUGUCAAGCCUGGAAUCUUGCAACAGCGGCUUUUCCCAGCUCAGCGGCGUGACGACCUCUUCCAACCAAUCGCAGAGCAGCUCGCUUAUCUCCAGAUAACAGCAUCCAGGCGAGCACGGAGCAGUCGCCCACCGGGCCCAGAUUGUCUUCCUCAGGUCUGCCCCAUGGACCGAACCAAAGAGCCAAACGGCGGUGCCGAGGGAACAGCCUUUCAGGAGUCGGAGAAAAACACCAACUUGGACGCAGAGAUAUUUUCCGGGGGAUCUGCUUGAAAUCUCUCUCUUUUUCCAAGGAACGGACUUGCGAGCUUCUAAACAGUGAAGACGGGCGUUCCUGGACUGUUGUGCGAACACACCUGUGCAUUAGAAUGCAUAUCACUUUCUUCUUUGCAUGAAUUGUACAUAACUCCUAUGGUUAAAGGGCUCUCUCCAGUCAGUAUAACUCUUUGUAACCGCAGAGCUAUCCGAUGUCGCCUUACCCGUUAGGACCUGUAGAACUGUCCUCACGUGU